AUGUUUUGGAGCCUAAGCGUGCCUAAGGGCUCGAACCGUGACUAUGACGGGUGCAACCUUAAAAAGAUGGUGGUCUCGAUGUCGGAAUGGAAUCGGUUUCCCGACGUUCUUGUUUUUGUGGCAGAAUUUGAUUUCUUGAAGGAACGGGGAGUGGAGUAUGCCGAAUUUUUGAAGGGAAAAGGCGUGAAAGUUGAACUUAUUGAGACGAAAAACGAAAAACAUGUUUUUCACGUUUUCCGGCCCGAUUCCGAGGAGACUAAGUUGUUACAAAGUCAGAUGAAUGAGUUCAUACAUAGUUUUUAA